UCUCACAACCAGCGGAUCUGAAGAGACACACAAGAGUCCACACAGGAGAAAAACCAUUUGGCUGUGAUAUUUGUGGUAAAAAAUUUAACCAGAAGAUCCAUAUUAAGAGACACAUGAGAGUUCACACAGGAGAGAAACCAUUUGGUUGUGAUAUUUGUGGUAAGAGAUUUAUGUGGAAGGUAUAUUUUAAGACUCACAUGAGAAUCCAUGCUGGUGAGAAACCAUUUGGUUGUAAUGUUUGUAGCAAAAGAUUUUCACAAUCCGGGGAUCUGGACAGACAUGUGAAAGUCCACACAGGAGAGAAACCAUUUGGAUGUGACAUGUGCGGUAAAAGAUUUAACCAGAGAAUACAUCUUAAAAAACACAUGAGAGUCCAUACAGGAGAGAGACCAUUUGGUUGUGAAGUUUGCAAUAAGAGAUUUUCACAAACGGGGGAUCUAAAGAGGCACCUAAGAGUACACACAGGAGAGAAACCAUUUGGCUGUGACGUAUGUGGGAAAAGGUUUACAGUACAGGAAAGUCUGAAGAGACACAUGGGAGUCCACACAAGAGAGAAACCAUUUGGCUGUGAUGUUUGUGGACAAAGAUUUAGCCAAAUUGCACAUCUUAACACACACACGAGAGUCCAUACAGGAGAGAAACCAUUUGGUUGUGGUGUUUGUACUAAACGAUUUUUACAACCAGGAGAUUUAAAGAAACACAUGAUAGUCCAUACAGGAGAGAAACCAUUUAGCUGUGAUGUUUGUGGUCAAAGAUUCAAACGAAAUGCACAUCUAAAGACACAUGCAAGAGUCCAUACUGGAGAGAAACCAUAUGGUUGCAGUGUUUGUAGUAAAAGAUUUUCACAGCCGGGUGAUCUGAAAAAACACAUGAGAGUCCACACAGGAGAGAAACCAUUUGGUUGUGACUUAUGUCACAAAACAUUCUCCCGACAAGAAAGUCUGAAAAGACACAUGAGAGUCCAUGGAAGAGAGACAGUUUUUGAUUGUGAUGAUGGCUUUACAUCACAAGGAAAUCUAAUGAGACAUGUAGACGCCGUUCCUCUGUCACUGAACUUCCUACCAGCUCCAUCUGAACCUGGAGAAAAUCAAGAAAAUGAACAAGCUGGUGUCUGUCAGCCCCAGGAGGGUGUCAUCAACCAAAAUGCUGUCUCCCCUGUAGAUGUCCAGCAGGUGUCAGUGAUUAAAGAAGAGGUUUCCCAUGAAUGGAGCCCAUGUCUGGACCAGCAGGACCCAGAGCAUCUCCACAUUAAAGAGGAACAGGAUGAGGUUGACGACAUAAAGGAGGAACAAGAGGAGGUUGAUGGCAUAAAGGAGGAACAGGAAGAACUGUGGACCAGUCAGGCUGAAGAGCAAGUUAAUGGGCAGGAGGAGACUCAUAUCACCCAGUUCCCCUUCACCACUGUUCUUGUGAAGAGUGAAGAUGAUGAUGACCAGCUUCAUCAGAUCCCAAUGGAAGACAACAGAGAGGCAGAACCUGCAACCAGCAGCUCAGCUGAACAGAUGAAAACAGAAUGUGAUGAAGAGGAUUGUGAAGAACCACAACCAACCAGGAAUCGAGAUCCAAAUACUAAUUUAGAACCAAAUGCUGAUGAAAAGGCCUCAGAGUCUUCUAUGACUGAAGUCAGUGAUGAGGAUGGUGAUGAUGAUGAAGGGGAGGAUGAGUGGCAGGAACCUCUGUCUAAUACUGGGCCUGAAACCAAAGGCAGGGACAAUGGUUGGGAGGAGACCAGGGUACCUGAGUUAGGUGUAAAUAGUGAUGUGGAAUGUGACACUGACAAAAAAAUCUUUAGCUGCUCUGAGUGUCAUAAACAGUUUUGCUACAAGCAGUCUCUUCAAAGACACAUGAAAUUUCAUUCAGGCAAAAGCUCCUCCAGCUGUUUGGUUAAUAAUAAGAAAUGCUUUAGAGUAAAGCUAAAUAUACACUCGCAGAUGAGAGUCCUCACAGGAGAGAAACCAUUUGGUUGUAAUGUCUGUGAAAAAAAAUUUAGGAGUCAGUAUAAUCUUAAUCGACACACAAGGGUCCACACAGGAGAGAAACCAUUCGGUUGUGGUGUUUGCAGCAAAAAAUUUUCUCAACCAGGGGAUCUGGAGAGACACACAAAAGUCCACACAGGAGAGCGACCAUUUUUCUGUGAUGUUUGUUGUAAAACAUUUAGCCAGAAGAUCCAUCUUAAUAAACACAUGAGAGUCCACACAAGAGAGAAGCCCUUUGGUUGUGGUGUUUGUAGUAAAAGGUUUUUACAGCCAGAAAAUCUGAAGAAGCACAUGAGAGCUCACACAGGAGAGAAACCAUUUGGCUGUGAUGUUUGCGGACAAAGAUAUAAACGAAACGCGCACCUUAAGUCACACUCAAGAGUGCAUACGGGAGAGAAACCAUUUGGAUGUGGUGUUUGUAGUAAACGAUUUUCACAACUUGGGGAUCUGAAGAAACACCUAAGAGUCCACACAGGAGAGAAACCGUUUGGCUGUGAUGUAUGUGGGAAAAAGUUUUCACGAAAAGAAAGCCUGAAAAGACACAGGAGGGUACAUUUAGGAGAGACAAUGUUUGACUGUGGUGAAAGAUUUGCAUCUCAAGGAGAUCUGAAGAGAUAUGAUGGAACUGUUGCUCUGUCACUUAAUAUGUCACCAGCUCCAAGUAAAGCAGAGGAAGAGCGGGGUACUGAGUGUCUUAGUGCCCAUCAGGAGCAUCACACCAUUAUCAACCAAAAUGCUGGUAAGAAUAAUUUAAUGUGGAGUACUUUCCUAGAAAAAAAGCUGCUACUUUUAUGUCGGAAUGCACUGAUGUUUUCUGUGAGCUGGUGAUGUUAAAACACUUUUGAACUCAGCGUUAAAUAUCCUGUCAUGCUUCAUAGAUUCACAGGGUGGCCUGUCACGACCCAGUGUGAGAUGUACAUGUGUAAGCAAUCAUUUUUAUGGCAAAAUGUUGUAAAAUGCUGUUAACUCCUUGUUUCAGAUAGAAUUCUUCAAAAUUAAGCUCUACAACAGACUGAAAUGGAAAUGUAACAGUGUAGUGAUGGCAAUAACUGCUCUCAUUGCGGAACAUUUUUGUCUAUCUUUUGACCUCCCCAUUUCGUUCUUACCAUUUUGGUCAUUCUCUUUCCUGCUAAUUCCUAAUAGCUUACUCACCACAGCUUAAUUAAAUCCUUAAUUAUCUUUUAACUUUUAAUUGCCAAAGUAAGUACAACAACACAAUAAACUUGGAUAGAAAAAUUAAAUAUCAAACUUCAUGGUUCCUUAAACGGGACAUUUGGGGCAUUUCCAUUGAGUCUUUCCCUUAGUGUUAGCUUUUGGUUUGCUUUAGUUCACUCAGUGCUCUCAGGUUCUUUGCUGUCAGCUUAGCCUCUGUUUUCUGCUUGAUUGUGGAUCCCGGUCUUGGUCAAUUCGCAGGAGACUGAGAGUUACUCUCCAACACAAUGUGCUCUGGGUUAACAAAGAAAAUACCCUUGCCUGUAUGGUCUGCUUUGUUUCUAAGACCCUGCAGUCAGCAUUUUGCAUAACAAUGAUCCCCAGUUUAAGCAUACUUAAGCAUAAUUUCCAUUCAGUAAAUUUGAAUUAAGUCACAAGCUUGCCAGACAUCACCACCCUUUACAAUAUGUUAAUUUGUAAUUAUAUUUUAUUUUUUGUUAACUUUCUAGGAAAAGCCCAUUGAGUUCUUUAGUUGUGUUUUAAAUGAUACCAAUACUACUGAGUGUUUGAAUAUACAAAAAAGUCAGAGCUGUCUGUAAUGUGUG